AUGCGCCCGGGGAGAAGGGACGAGAAGAAGAAAAGAGGAGAGGAGGGAGACGUCAUUCAAGCGUUGAAGGGAGUGGACACAAGGACACAUGUGGUGGGAGAGCUCUACGACACCGAGAGGAGUUACGUGGAAUCUCUCCAAGUCCUCGUCAAUAAAUACCUGGAACCCCUGAAAGGAACCGAAGGGACGGAAUUGGUGGACUCAAAUCUCGUCGAGGAAAUCUUCUAUCAAAUUCCAGCCAUAUUGGCACACCACGAGUCAUUCCUGGCCAAGAUGAAAGCUCGUGUCGAGAAUUGGGAUGUAGCCCAGAAGGUCGGGGACAUCAUGGUGGAAACCUUCACCAAACAGGAAGUGAUCGACACCUACACGGCGUUUAUCAACAAUUGGAAGCAUGCGAAGGAAGCCAUCAAGAUUUCUUGUCAGCAAAAACCGGCCUUCGAGAAAUUCAUCAUGGCGAUGGCCCGGGAGCACAAAGGGAAGCUUACUAUGGACUGUGCCCUGGAUUCCCUUCUAAUAAUGCCCGUUCAGAGAAUCCCUCGUUACGAACUACUGCUCAAGAUGCUCUUGAAGCAUACGGAUUCAGAGCAUCCCGACCACGAAGACUUGCUCCUUGCUCAAAAAGAGGUGCAUAGCCUGGCUUUGAAGAUAAACCAGAUGGAGAAGGCAGCCCUAGAAUGGGAGGCUCAACAGGCGGCGCUGAGGGAGCUGGAAUCCCUCAUCGACGGCCUGAGUGACCUGGCUCAAGGUGAUCGGUCAUUUAUCAGGUAUGACCUCGUAACCAUGCCUGGAUCCCUGGGCACCCGUAAGGAACGAUGUCUUUUCCUCUUCAACGAUCUCCUGGUCAUCUCCAGCAUCAAACGACGCAGCGGGAACCUGCGGAAACCCUUCUCGGUGACGCAAGGAAACCUGUCGGCCCUGGAGGGCAACAAGUACAAGAUGCUCAUGAGAAUACCCCUUGAUGAUCUGGAUAUCAUCAAAGCCAAAGACGAAAACUUGAAGAAGCUGUUGAAAGAGGUGAGCAGCCUAGAAGAAGACAUCUCGAUCGUGAGCCAGAUGAUGGAUCUCACGAAUUCCCUCCAUUGUUCCCAUGCUUCCCUGGACGACUCUCUCAGAGAACUCAGUGGGAGUCUCCAUCGACAGCUGGCUGAAAGACAAACCUCGGAAUCUCAUCUUCUCUGCCUCGAUCUCACCAUCACCACACAGGAAGGCCUGGAGAACAUCUCGGUGACAUUCUUGAGUCCUGAGAAACGAGCUGCGUGGGAGGAAGCUUUCCUGGAAGCCAAACAACUAUUGGCUCUGGCGGAUAAUCGCCGCCCACCCCCGGAGUUCCUCUAUCCCCUUCCGAUCCGAAAGACUCGAGCUGGGCUCCAAUUCACGUGUGCAGCGCCGACGCUAGGACUAAAUGCCCACAAUCUCAGGGAUGUGUGGGUAUGCAAUUCGGAUGGGUACGUGGGACAGGUGUGUGUCCUCAGCCUCCAGCCUGAACCCACCGUGAUGUCCUGCAAUGGCGUCUGCAAUUCUCGCAUUCUUGCCGUCUCCUCUAUCCCCGCUGCUGCUCCCACGCCAGAAGCAGGGGGAUCCCCGGUGAGAUCAGAGAGCGCGAACGGAAAAGCUAAAAUUUGCAUCUCGGUCGAGGAUGCGGAUCAAAACGCCCUUCGACCCGAGGAACAACGGGGCAACAUCGAACUCGACAGUAGCGACUCGAGCGAGGAAGAGGACGAGGGAUUCGCAGACGACUCUCGGAAGCAGAGAGGGGGUUCCUUGCCGCCAGGUGCAGAACCCGGAUCGGGCUCGGGUUCGGGCUCGGAAUCCGAAUCCCCUCAGCCUACUAUGUGGAUCGGUACCGAAGACGGAAACAUUCACGUCUACAACUGCAGUGACAACAUCCGGAUCAAGAAGAACAAAAUCAAAAUCCAACACGGCUCCUCCGUCCACUCUAUCGUGUACCUGGACAACAAAGUGUUCACGGCACUGGCAAACGGGACGGUAGGGGUUUACCGCCGAGACCCAGCAGGGGGCUGGGACAUCGCAAACCCCGAAAUUAUCGCCCUGAGUACAGCUGCUGCUCCUGUCACUCGAAUGGUGCCUGCCGCCGGGAAGCUCUGGUGCGCUUGUCAGAAUCAGAUCAAGGUCCUCAACAUCACCUCCCUUCAACAAGAGCAUUCCUUUGUGGUGCAUCCGGACCAGAGCAAGGCAGUGGGAUGUAUGUCAGCGUCAGGGUUAUCCGUUUGGAUUUCCCUAGCCGGCUCGUCGGCCAUCAAACUAUACCAUGCUGCCACCUACGAACCCCUCUACGACGUCAACAUCGUGCCUACCGUCAACAAGAUGCUUGCCGGCUGUGAUGAGAUAAUUCGAGCCCAUAAGGCGGCGUGUUUGAGGGUCACAGCCCUGCUGGCCUGUAAGGAUCUCCUGUGGAUCGGGACUAGUGCAGGCGUUCUGCUCAACGUUCCUCUUCCCCAUCUCACCACUGAUGGCAGCAGACCGCCUCCACCCCCAAAUGUCACCGGAAUUCCACACGGUCACACGGGGCAUGUGAGAUUUCUGACAGCCGUGGAAACAGUGCCUUUCCCCGAGACACAUCGACCGCAAUUCUUCAAACAUCAUCACCACCGUUUCUCGUUUAAAGGAAAGGAAGCAGGAAUUCAUCAUCUUCAUCUUCAGCCUCCUCCCCCAGCGAGCAACACGAAAAUGCUUGUUAUAUCUGGCGGGGACGGCUAUGAGGAUUUCCGAAGCUCGGCUUUCUCCGAUGGCACCGGGAGGGAUGAUUCAACCAAUCAUCUCCUCCUCUGGCAUGUCUGACCUUUCACCCUUUCGCCCUUUCACCUUACUCCUUGUGAUCAGCAUUCCUCCCAGGCAGCACUUCAAAGUUCCUGCUGAGACAAAGACAGACUUCACCUUUACUGGGGUUUAUCAAGGCUGUCAUGUUGUUCUUUUUUUUUAUUCGUGAAACAAAAGAGAAAGGAACUUAUUGAUCGUUGAUGGACGAGGUGGAGCUGCUCCGAAUGACUGUGAUGUUGCCAGAGACAGAUGAUUCCGAAUGUAAUUUUUUCAAGCACACACUGCAUGUGAUAAACGACGAAGCUCCUUUUGUUUUUCCUGUCUCUCGCCCUAUCCAGCUAGUCACAAAACGGCACUGCUCAUUUUCAUUUUUAAUUAUUGUUUAUCAUUAUUAUGAGAAGUUUUUGUAGUGAGAGAGAGAAACUGUGAGAACUAGACUCCGGUCUCAUGUUGAAUUUUGUUUAUCUUGUGUCGAAUGGAAGGAAUACAUUAUAGACCUCUAGGAUGUCAGAAAGCGAAGAAAGAAACUUUUGUAGGCGAAGGAAUAAACAUAAUUGAUAAAG